UACGGGCGGUUUCUCUGCCUUGUGACGUGGCCUCCGAUCUGCCCAGUGGCAUGCCACAUGGCGCGUCUUCUUUGGACCUUCUGAGAAGGGCAGGGUUAGUGAGGAGGGGUACGACUAGGGUGUGCAGGGGUGUGUGACGUGGGGCGAAACAAUUGGGGGUGAUAAGUGUAUGGUGAGUGGCGAUGGCGACUUCGGGUGAUCUGCGGAUAGGAGCGGCCGUGUGGCUUGCAGCUGCUCAGGAGACUAGUGAGCGGUUCAGCCUUGCGGUGGGGGAGUUAAGAGCGGCGGCUGCUGCAGAGGGGGUUCCGUCGAUUCCGUGGCUCCGGAGUGCGAUGCAGGCUCUAUUGGAGAUAUCAAGGGGGAUGGAGGCCCCCCCCCCCCACCUGCAAGCGUGUCUGGAUUGGCCACGAUGGGAUACUGUGUUGCAGCGCCACUAUGAGGAGCUUGAGGAGGGGCAAGCUCUGAAUGUUGUGUUGGAGGCCCGAUACUUCGACGGCGAGGACGAUUUCACGAACGAUGCUGAAAACGAAGCAACUGUGGCCGGCAGCUAUGUCAACAACAAUCCCGGUGAGGCCAACAACCACAUCGCCGUCGGUAAGGAUGCAAGUGUGGUCGGCAGCUAUGUCAACAACAAUCCCAAAAAUGAUGCAACUGUGGCUGGCAGCUAUGUCAACAACAAUCCCGGUGAGGCCAGCAACCACAUAGCCGUUGGUAACGAUGCAAGUACGGCCGGCAGCUAUGUCAACAACAAUCCCGGCCAAGCCAGCAACCACAUCGCCGAUGACCAUAACUACAAUACCGACAAUUACGCGGACGUUGGCGAUCGCAAUUUCAACAUCACUCACGACAACAACAAUAAUGACAACGAUAUAAAUGAGGGCGAUAAUAACGACAUCAAGUUCGGAGUUGUCCACACGGUGCGCAAUAGAGGGAAGGGUGGUCCGAUCUCGCGUUUAUGCGURCCUGGGAAUGAUGACGUCCUCGACGGUGAAAACAACAACAAUAGUAAUAUACUACGUGAUAUCAACAUUAGUGGUGACGAUUGUAGCAACAACAACAAUACCGAUAAGCACCAUGAUACCAGCGACGAAGGUGAGCUUCGUGCAUGUGUCCGAGACAGACAGGAUGCUAGCAAUGGAGGUGCUAAUAUCGAAUUCAAGGGGGGUAUGACCGUUGCUGUGUUUGGGAAAGGCGAGCUCGUUGGGGGAGGGUCGUCUUUGGGCAGGUUUAUGAUGAUUGGGGGCUCAUCGAUUGCGGGGUAUGACAUGCCGCUUCUUUCAUGGGAUCAGGGUGGGGUCGGGGGGAAGGGUUGUAGGGUGGGGUAAACUCUCUACUGAGGGAGGGGUGGGACAGAAAAAGGGUGGUGGAUGACUGAAGCGGUGCCGCAGGGGAUGCAUGACAGCGGGAGCAUGCUUUUGU